GCACCACCAAGCGACUGAUAGCAAGUUGCAACAGGUGCUCCUGCUCGCGAUUCAACAACGAUGGAGGCCAUCAAGCUUCAGCGGAAAUAUCCUCAGUUCUCCCAAGAGGAGAUGAUGGGCCUCAUUGGCAAGUUCCGGUCCAUCGACAUCGAUGACAAGGGAAGCGUGGACCGGCAGAGUGUCAUGAAGGCCGUGCAGGACUCUGGCGAUGCAAAUUACGAUCAGGUGCGCGAGACGCUCAAGGAGGUCAACCUCGACUCUUCUGGCCGUGUGGAGCUCGAGGACUACGUCGAUCUGCUGGCCAAACUCCGGGCGGGAAGAAACGCGAGUGCAGGCGCGGUCACCAAGGGCAAAGUGACUGUGAAAGGGAGCAAUGCCAGCGUGCAGCACACGAUCAACGAGGAUGAGCGUACUGAAUUCACAAGGCACAUCAACUCGAGCCUCGCUGGCGAUGCGCACAUUGGCAGCAGGCUUCCGAUCCCCACCGACACCUUCCAGCUCUUUGACGAGUGCAGAGACGGUCUUGUUCUGUGCAAGCUCAUCAACGAUGCAGUCCCUGACACUAUCGACGAACGUGUACUCAACGUGGGCAAGGGUGGCAAGGGUCCCAAUGCAUUCCAGCAAACGGAAAACAACAACAUCGUCAUCACGUCCGCCAAGGCCAUCGGCUGCUCCGUCGUCAACGUCGGCGCCCAAGACCUCAUCGAUGGAAAGGAACACCUCAUCCUGGGACUCGUCUGGCAGAUCAUCCGGAGAGGUUUGCUUUCCAAGAUUGACUUGAAGAACCACCCGGAGCUGUACCGCCUCCUCGACGAAGGCGAGACGCUCGAAGAGUUUCUUCGGCUGCCGCCCGACCAGAUCCUGCUCCGAUGGUUCAACUACCACCUCAAGGCUGCCAACUGGCCUCGCAGGGUGCACAACUUCGGCAAGGACGUGUCCGACGGCGAGAACUACACGGUGCUUCUUAAUCAGCUCAAGCCAGAGUCGUGUGACCGGGCCCCGCUCCAGCAGACGGAUCUUCUACAGCGUGCCGAGAUGGUGCUGCAGCGUGCAGACGCCAUUGGCUGCCGCAAGUACCUGACACCUGGAUCCAUGGUGGCCGGCAACCCCAAGCUCAACCUGGCCUUCGUCGCCCACCUCUUCAACACAUGGCCUUGCUUGGAUGCGCUCGAGGAGCCACCGCCAAUGGAGAUUGAGGACUUCGACGCCGAAGGCGAGCGAGAGGCGCGAGUCUUUACUCUCUGGCUCAACUCGCUCGAUGUCGACCCGGGUGUAUACAAUCUCUUUGAGGACCUCAAGGAUGGUACGGUUAUUCUUCAGGCCUUUGACAAGGUCGUGCCUGGUUGCGUUGCUUGGCGUCGGGUCAGCAAGCCGAAAGAAGGCCAAGAAUUGAGCCGGUUCAAGAUGGUGGAAAACACCAACUACGCAGUGGACCUGGCAAAGGCGAAUCAGAUGCACAUUGUUGGCAUUCAAGGCGCAGACAUUGUCGACGGCACACGCACUUUGACCCUCGGCCUGGUCUGGCAGCUCAUGAGGCUCAACAUCUCAAACACGCUGAGGUCUCUCGGCAAGGGCGGAAAGGGCGUGACGGACCAGGACAUGAUUGCUUGGGCCAACAACGUCGUCAAGCAGAAUGGCAAGACCUCGACGAUGCGCUCGUUCAAGGAUCCGUCGAUCAAGAAUGCAGUCUUCUUCCUCGAUCUCCUCGACGGCCUGAGAAAGGGCAUUGUCGACUAUAGCCUCGUCACGCCCGGCGCAAACGAGGAAGAGUGCAGAAUGAAUGCCAAGCUCGCCAUCUCCAUUGCUCGCAAGCUCGGCGCUCUCAUCUUCUUGGUUCCCGAGGACAUCGUCGAGCUGAGGCAGCGGCUGAUCCUCACGUUUGUUGGAAGCUUAAGUGGGUUGCCUCGCUUCUUCCUGCACUUUUUCCAGACUGACCAGUCCCCUUACCCUCUUGACAGUGGCCAUGCAAGCGUAAAGAAAGCAGACUUUGGGCGUGGUAUGCUUUGGAAUGUCACUCUUGAAUACCGAAUUGGAUAAAAUUCUUCGUUCU